CCUUGCGAGUUUCCGGCGUUCGUCUUUCGGUACCGUCGUCGUGUGUUGAUCCUGUUUGCGCCCUAAAGAGAAACCCAACGACAUGGCGAGCGACGGACCCCCGGGAAUCGAACCCAACCCGCCCGAUCUGAGCGGUUCUGUGGCCGCGCUGAACACAUGGACUAACACCGAGCUCCAGGCCAAGCUUUCCGAGAUCGGAGCGCCCAGCAUGGGUCCCAGAGAAGAACUUAUAGACCGGAUGAAGGCGUAUGCGAUGCAGACUGGAAUAAUGCCCAGUAAACCUAACCUGCAAGGCAUCGAUGAUAAGUCUGCGCCCAUACCUGCACAGAUGCCUGGCAUGCCCAUGCCGCCCAUGCCCCUCCCCCUGCCGCCGGGCAUGGGCAUGCUACAGGCCAUGAGCAUGAUGGGGGGGCCACCCCCGCCCGGGAUGCACAUGCCCAUGGACCCCCCCAGCAUGCCGCCUGGACUGUCGCAGGAUGACCAGCUGAAGAUGGUGCAGCAGAGAGCGGCCAUGGUGCUGCAGCAGGAGGAGAGAGCCAAGCAGCAGGAGGACCCGCGAGCCAUGGAGGAGCAGAUGAAGGAGCAGCAACUGCUGGAGCAGCAGAAGAGGGCGGCCGUGCUGCUGGAACACGAGCGGCAGCAGGAGCUGGUGAAGAUGCAGCAGGCCGCGUCCGGACCCCGCACCACGGAAACCGUGCCACGCCCCCCGGGCCUGCCCAUGACCCCCAUCAGCAGCAUGAGAGGCAUGGCUUCCAGUGCACCCCCUCCGCCUGGGAUCUCCAUGGUGCCCCCUUCCAGCCACAGACAGAGGGUCCCCCCACCUCCAGGAGAGGACACGCGUGAGGUGUGGCAGGGGGAGGAGGUGGGCAUUGGCCCCAAGAUCCCACAGGCCCUGGAGAAGAUCCUUCAGCUGAAGGAAAUCCGCCAGGAGCAGCUCAGCACUGCCCCCACAGAGGAUGAUGAGAGUUCUGAGAGGGAGAUGAAGAGCUCAGCCACCGGCACCCUGUCAGAAACCGAGGAAGAGGAUGUCGCAGUCUCCAAGAAAGAUAAAAACCGCAAGCGAAGGAACCGGAAGAAGAAGAACAAGAAGAAGAGGGAGCAGGAGAAGAAGACACAGGAGGAGGAGCCCAGCAAGGAGGCGGACAGAGAGCCGGAGGUGCAGAUCGAGUACAUCACCGAGGAGCCCGAAAUCUACGACCCCAACUUCAUCUUCUUCAAAAGGAUCUUCGAGGCCUUCAAGCUCACGGACGACGUGAAGAAGGAGAAGGAGAAGGAGCCGGAGAAGGCGGAGAAGCAGGAGACUGCCACUGUGAAGAAGAAGGGAUUUGAGGAGGAGAAGAAAGACAGCGAUGACAGUGAUGAGGAAGCGAAGACGGACGCGCCCAAGAUGUCGAAGAAGAAGCUGCGGAGGAUGAACAGGCUGACCGUGGCCGAGCUGAAACAGCUGGUGGCGCGUCCGGACGUGGUGGAGAUGCACGAUGUGACAGCGCAGGAGCCCAAGCUGCUGGUGCACCUGAAGGCCACUCGCAACACGGUACCCGUGCCACGCCACUGGUGCUUCAAGAGGAAGUACCUGCAGGGCAAGAGGGGCAUCGAGAAGCCGCCCUUCGAGCUGCCCGAGUUCAUCAAGAGGACCGGCAUCCAGGAGAUGAGGGAGGCCCUGCAGGAGAAGGAGGACGCCAAGACGAUGAAGACGAAGAUGAGGGAGAAGGUUCGCCCAAAAAUGGGCAAGAUCGACAUUGACUACCAGAAGCUGCACGACGCCUUUUUCAAGUGGCAGAUGAAGCCAAAGCUGACCAUCCAUGGAGAUCUGUACUAUGAGGGGAAGGAGUUUGAGACCAGACUGAAGGAGAAGAAGCCAGGAGAUCUCUCAGACGAGCUCCGCAUCGCUCUGGGGAUGCCUGUGGGCCCGAACUCCAACAAAGUGCCCCCUCCCUGGCUGAUUGCCAUGCAGCGUUACGGCCCCCCUCCCUCCUACCCCAACCUGAAGAUCCCAGGCCUCAACUCGCCCAUCCCGGAGGGCUGCUCCUUCGGGUACCACGCUGGAGGGUGGGGAAAGCCCCCUGUGGAUGAGAUGGGGAAGCCCCUGUAUGGCGAUGUGUUCGGAACCAACGCGGGAGACUUCCAGGCGAAGACUGAGGAAGAGGAGGUUGACCGCACCCCGUGGGGUGAGCUGGAGCCCUCAGAUGAAGAGUCCUCUGAGGAAGAGGAAGAGGAGGAGAGUGACGAAGACAAACCGGACGAGACCGGCUUCUUCACACCUGCCGACAGCGGCCUGAUCACUCCUGGAGGCUUCUCGUCUGUUCCGGCCGGCAUGGAAACACCAGAGCUCAUCGAACUGAGGAAGAAGAAGAUCGAGGAAGCCAUGGACGGGAAUGAGACACCUCAGCUCUUCACAGUUCUGCCAGAGAGGAGGACGGCCGCGGUGGGCGCGGCCAUGAUGGCGUCUACGCACAUCUAUGACGUGUCAGGGGCGAUGGCCGGGCGUAAGGCGGGCGGAGGCCAGGAGUCGCAGGGCGUGGAGGUGGCGCUGGCCCCCGAGGAGCUGGAGCUGGACCCCAUGGCCAUGACCCAGAAGUACGAGGAGCACGUGAGGGAGCAGCAGGCGCAGGUGGAGAAGGAGGACUUCAGCGACAUGGUGGCCGAGCACGCCGCCAAGCAGAAGCAAAAGAAAAGGAAGGCCCAACCCCAAGACAACAGGGGCGGAGCCAAGAAGUACAAAGAGUUCAAGUUUUAGCCAAUGAGCAGCGAGAGGGUGAGGGGGUAUGCUCACCCUUUCCUUUACUGAUGACCUACCAACCUUUUUUUGUUUUUUUAAAUAUGGAAAAUGUCGUGAAAGGAUCAUUUUAUAGAGCCAUUCCACCUCUGUCUGUGUGACAGA